GUCAGUGCCUACACAGUAUUAUUUUUUUUGUUGGUUUGUUUUAUUUUUCAUCCCUUAAAAUAAAACGAAACGUGUGUAGGUAUAUGUUUGUUUUGGUUAUUCCAUUUUUUCGGCAUUCGGGGUGCCUAUGAUGAGGGCGCAAUGAGUUUUUGCUAGACUUUCUUCUCUCUGCUGCUCUGCUAUUGGAAAUAAAAAAGAAUAUACUGUCGGCGCUGAGGGUUAAAUCGUUUUGCACGUCGACAACGGUUGUCCGUAGAAGAAAAUUUCAUUUUAAAUGCGUUACGUUGUUGAAACAGUUCACAUGUGUUAUCGCGCGGUCUCUUAUAAAUAUAUAGGAUAAAUUUGUGUCAUUAUUAUAGGAAAUAAAUUCCUGUACACAUAUCCUUGCCUAUCUUUCAAAUUCUUUUUUAAUAUUUUAAACAACUCCUUUAUUGGACUCUACAAUUUGCACCUGGAUUACCACCCAACAUCGAAGUGUUUUGUAACAAGUGACGGUUUUAAUUGCAAGUGUUUUUAAAAAUAUCAACAGCCUUUAGGUUUACAGUCUAAUAUGACAAACAUUUUAUAAUAAAAGGAUUUUAUAAGAAAGGAUCGACUAACUUUGAAUUGAAAUAGACAAUAAUUUGUGAUACCAAAAAUUAGUAAACCAUGUCCUCAUCAGAAGCUGAUGUUGAUAUAAGUGUCGUCUCAAGCCCGGAACCGAGUCCGCAAGGCUGUGGCGGAGGAGGUGACGAGAGUCCUUGCCGGUCGUCGAAUAUCGGCCCGUCAUUGACCUCAACACCAAUUAGCAAUAACCACAAUACAACGACACCCGCUCAGCAUCCGUCGGUAACAACAUCAAUUGUUCAUCACCCGCUACACCAUCAUUUAACAUUAAGUCAUCCUGCGCUGCAUCAUCCUGGCCUGAUAGUUAGUCAUAAUAAUUUCAGCCAUUUACACAGCCAAUCGCAUCAACAUUCGCAUUCUCAACUGCAUCAACAUCAUGGAGUUCAUUUAACAGCUGCUGCGGCGGCGGCAGCGGUAGCAGCAGCGGCAGCUAGUGUAGAAUCUCAAUUAAGUCCUGCAACAGCUUCAGGUCAACCUUUGACAGCGUCACAACCAAAAUCUGAACCUAAAACAGAGCCAAACGAUACAGCGACGGCGGGGAACUUUGAAGACCGUGAUAACUGCAAAAAUAACAACAACAAAAAUAAUUGCAAUGAUUCGAAUAGCAAAUCAACGACGGGUAAUGGUUAUACGAGUUUUUCCAUAUCAAGUAUACUUAGUCGUAAUGAUUCAAUUAAGAAAUCAAAUAAUAGUAUACUUAAUAAUAAUAAUAAUAACAAUUCAUCAUUAUUCACACCAAUACCACAAUUGCCACAAUCUGGUGGUGUCGGUGCAACUGGACCUCAGGAUGCGGCUAUGUUAUCCAGAUUAGGAAUUAUUUCACAAUGGGGAGCUUUAGCCGGACGAUAUGCGGCGCUUUGUCCCCCAGGCUGGCCCUGGGCGCCGCAACGGAUGCCAUUUCAUAGUCCUACUCACGACAGUUCAUCCACCAAUACAACUGAGAAUCCAUCACCUUCCCUCAGUCCGCUGCCAACGAACACAAAAUCACCAUCGCCUUCCCUGCAUCACAACAACAAUCACCAUCACAAUCACUCCAGUUAUCUGCAAAGCUCCAACGAAUCUGACGAUGAAAGUCAAGAAAUCAUUGAAGAAGAUGAUGGUUGUAAUACCGAUGGGCCAUCUGAUGGCUCCUCACCACAUGGCGGCGACAGCUCCAACCAAACAAAACGGAAAAAGAAAACUCGAACUGUCUUCUCCAGAGCACAGGUCUUCCAACUCGAGUCGACCUUUGAUAUGAAGCGAUACCUUAGCUCAUCGGAACGUGCCGGUUUAGCUGCUUCAUUACGCCUUACCGAAACCCAGGUAAAAAUAUGGUUCCAGAACCGUCGCAAUAAAUGGAAGCGACAACUUGCCGCCGAACUGGAAGCCGCCAACAUUGCAAAUAUGGCGCAUGCGGCCCAAAGACUCGUUCGAGUACCAGUUCUCUAUCAUGAUGGUUCAAGUACGGGGUUCGUUCCCCCACCGCCGCCACAUCACCACGGUGCCCCAAUGUAUUAUACUAGAAAUGGCAGCCCACCUAGACCGCCAUUGUCAUCGCUCGUAUAGGAGGAUGUGGAUGUAGUGGUAGACAUGGACUUUGUCGAUAGCAAAUCGAUUGAUAAUAAUGUUUGUAAGGACUCACAUCCAUCUUCGACAUAGAUAUCAAUAUCUCCGUAUGAUGGGAGUUAAGUGGCGAUUUUGUUCUCCUUCAUGAUGGUUUUCAAAAGCAAAAAACUUUUUCACACAUUUACAUACAAACAGAAACAGAAAAAAACAAAUGCCAAAGGAUUGUUGCUGGAGGAAUGUUUCCCUUUAUUUUUGUCAGAAACAAAUGCACGGUUUUCAAAUAAAUUUAUACUCGUUACAAAAAAAAAAGUAAAAAAUAAUCUUAUAAUAAAAAAGCUAAAAAAAAGUUAUAUAUUUGUUCCUAUGAUGUAAAAAUAAACUUUUAUCUAUACAUACUAUUCUAUCUUCCUUUUAUUGUCCUUAACAACUUUAUCUCUAAGUAUCCAAUUUUUGAAUGUUUGUGUAUAAAAUUAACCUCUGUCUGAACUUUCAAAAAAUAAAAAAA